GAGACAGGCAAUAAACCCGAUGCAAUAUCAGGUUUGGUGAGCAAACCUAGAGGAUGGAUUGAGGCCAGGGAAGAUUAGAGACUGAAACCAAUUAGCUGAGAAGUUUUGAGAGUGAAAUAUUCACAGCCAUUGAGAGACCUCCAAUUUAAUUUCUCAUCAUGCUUGUUCUGUAGUUCACAUUAAGUCCAGAGUAUUGAAGGAACGGAACAGGUGGACUUGUAGACAUCCGAUAGUUGACCAUGCUGUUGACAAUGGCGUCUCAGGAUGCUCAGAACCUCUUCCAGCCUCUCUCUUCCUGGAUAUAUCGGGUUUAUGAAGCUCUCCAGCAAGCAGGAGAUACGUUAUCUGCUUUGCUGGUUAACUUCAACAAACAAGACUCUAAAUUGAGUGACAAGCUAGACCAGGACUUAGAUGAUAUUCAGAUUCAGGAAACUUACUUUGAAGAUGAAGAACAAAGCAAUUGGAGUCAAGAGGACAUAAAUUCCUUGUUUCUUGAAGUGGAUCAUUUCUCCUGUUGUAACAGUGAUUUGCAGGACUCUGCCCAAAGUUCAAGCCCCAGACUUAGCCAGCAUGCAAAGGACGCCUGUUCCAUAGUGACCCAGUGGCCCAGUCAGACCCCUGAUGACCAAAAGCCACCACAUGUGCUUUCUUCUAUUGCCGAGGAAGAACAUCACCUUGAAAAGCAAAGGAGUGGCCUUCAACAGGGCUUUGACAGCCACCUCUCUGGUAUUUUAGAAAACAUUAAUGGAAAAAUGCAAGGGCAAAGCUUAGGCAAAUUUGCUUGCAAAUGGUAGAGGUUUUCCAAGCUUGGUGUUCCCUGGCGACAUAAACCCAUUGCACGCACGGAAUCUAUCUGGGCCAAGCCUCUGCAUUACCCCCAUGGUACUUGGAG